AUGUGUGGGGGUGUUGGUGGGGUGGGUGGGGGUUUUGGUGGGAUGUUGUGUUUGUUUGAGGGGGGUUGGGUUUUUGGGUUGGGGGGUUGGUGUUGGGUGUUUGUUUUGUUGUUAGGGGGGGUUGGUUGUUUGGAUUUUGUGUUGUUUGUGUUUGGGUGUUUUUGUGGGGUGAUAUGGUGGUUGUUUGGUGUGUGGGUUGUUUGUGUUUGGGUUUUUGGUUGGGUGGGUGUUUGUUGUGUGUUGUUUGGUGUUGGUGUGUGUUUAUGGUAUGUGGUGUUGGUGUUGGUGGGGUGGUAUUUGGGUGGGGGUGUUGUGGGUUAUUGGAUUGAAGGUGUUAUUGUGGUGGUUUUGGGUGGUGGUGUGGUUGAUUUGGGUUUUUGUGUUGGGGUGUUGGUUGUUUGUUGUGGGUGUUUGUGGGGUGGGGUUUGGGUGUUUAUGUGUUUAGUUUGUUUGUUUUUUUUGUUGUUUGGGGUGUUUUUGUUUUUGGUUUGUUGGGGUGUGGGUUGGGGUGGUGUGUUUUGUGGGGGGGGUUUGUGUGUGGGGGUUUUUGUUGUGUGUGGGGGGGUGGUUGGGUGUUGGGUGGGGGUGGUUGUGUGUGUGGGGUGGGGGGUGUGGGUGGGGGGGGGUGGGGUGUGGGGGGUGGGGGGGGGUGGUGGGGGGGGGGGGGGGGAUUUAGGGGUGGGGGGGGGGGGUUGGGGGUGGGUUGGGUGUGUGUUUUGUUUUGGUUGGGUUGGUUGUUGUUGGUUGGGUGGGUUUUUAUGUGGUUGGGUUUUUAGGGGUUUUUUUUGGUGGGGUUUGGUUUUUUGGGGGGUUGAGUUUUUUGGGGGUUGGGGGGAUUUUUUGAGGGGGAGUAGGGGGGUAUUGUUGGGUUGUUUUGUUUUGGGUUGGUGGGUUUGGUUGUUUGGGGGGGGGUUUUGGGGGGGGUGUGGUUUGGGGGGGGGGGGUUUGUUGGUGGGGGGGGUUUGGGGGGGGUUGUGGGUUGUUGAGUUGGGGGUUUGGGGUUUGGGUUUUUGGUGUGGUGUGUGUAUGUAUUUGUUUGGUUGGGUGAUUGGUUGUUUGUUUUUUUGUGUGAGUGUGAGGGUUGGGGUGGUGGGGUGGGGUGUGGGUGGGGGGGGGGGUGUUGGAGUAGUUGGUGUUUGGGGUUUUUUUGUUGGUUUUUGGUGGUUGGUUUGUUUGUUUUGUGGUGUUUUUGGGUUUUUGUUUGUGUGUUGGUUGGGUUGGUUUUUUUUUGGUUUGGGUUGUGGUGUGGUUGUGUGUGGGGUGUUUUUUGAGGUGUGGGUGGGUGGUGGGGGGGGAGUGGAUGGUUUGGGGGUGUUUGGGAUGUGGGUUUUUGGGGGGUGGGGAUAUGAUUUAGGUAGUGGUGGGGGUUUGGGUUGUUGUGGUUGGUUUUUGGUUGGGGAUUUGGGGGGGGGGGGGUUGUGUUGUGGGUGUUGGGGGGGGUUGGUGGUUGUGGUUGUGGGUGGUGUGGGGGGGUUGGGGGUGGGUUUGUGGGGUUGGUUUGUUUUGUGGGGGGUGGGGGGGGUGGGGUGGUGGGGUUGGUUGGGGUGGGGGGAGGGGUGGGGGGGUGGGGGGGGUGGGGGGGUUGUGGUUGGGGGGGUGUGGGGGGGGGGGUGUUGGUGGUGGGUUUGGGGGGGGGGGGGGGGGGUUUGUUUUGGGGGGUGGGUGGUGGGGGGGAGUGGGGGGGGGUGGUGGUGUGGUUUUGGUGUGAGUGGGGUUUUGGUGGUGGGGUGUGGUGUUUUGUUUUGUGGGGGUUUGGGUUUGUUGUGUUGGUGGGGGGUGUGGGUGGGGGUUUUGGGGUGGGUGUUUGGGGGGUGUUGGGGGUGUGUGGUGGGGGGGGUGGUGUGGUUUGGGGUUGGUGGUGGGUGUUGUGUUUGUUGUGGGGGGGGGGGUUUUUGGGGGGGUGGGGGUUGGGGGGUGGUGUGGGGGUGUGGGUGUGGGGGUUGGUUGUUUGGUGUGGGUUGGUGUUGGUUUGGGUUUUUUGGUGGGGGGGGGGGGGGUUGGGGGGGGGGUGGGGGUUUGGGGAUUUUUGGGGGGUGGGGUUUUGGGGGGGGUGUGGGGUAUUUUGGGGUUGAUGGGGUGGUGGGGGUUGGGGGGGGGUUUUGGUGGGGGGGGGGUUUGUUGUGUUGGAUGGUAAUUGUUAGUGGGUCUCUGGUGGGGGGGGGGGGGGUUUGGGGGGGGGGGAGAGUUGAGGGGGAUUGGUUUGGAGGGGGGGGAUUGGUGUGUGUGGAGGGGGGGGAUGGGUUGUUGGUUUGGUUUGGUGGGGUUUGGGUUUUUAGGGGGGGGGGUUUGGUUGGUUGGGUGUGGGUUGAUUGUGUUUUUUUUGUUUGUUUGAUGGGGGUGGGGGGGGGGGUGGUGGUUGGGUUGGGGGUUUGUGGUGUGGGGGGGGGGGGUGGUUGGUGGAAUAAAUUUAAAAUAUAUUUUGGUUUGUGGGGGAAUAUGGGAAUUGGGAAAAUUGGGGGUUUUUUGGUUUUUUGGGUGUUGUUGGUUUUUUUGGGUGGGGGAUGGGGUAGUGUAUUGGGGUGUAGGGGUUUAGGGGGGAGGUUGGUUGUUUUGUUGGUGGUGUGGGGUGUGGGGAGGGAGGUUGUGGGUUGGGGGGGGGGGGUGUGGUGUGAAGGGGGGUUUUGGGUGUUGGGAGUGGUGUUUGUGAGUUUUGAGGGGGUGGUAGGGGGGGGGGGAGGGGGGUAUGGUUGGAUGGGGGGGGGAAUUAUUGUUGUGAUGGAAGUGGGGGUAUGUGAUUAUUAUGGUGGUUGUUUUGGGUUGGUGUGGGGUUUUUUAUUGGGGUGGUUUGGGUUUUGUUGGGUGGGGGGGGUUGGGUUUGGUGGGGUUGUGUGGGGUGGGGUUUGA